AUGGCCAUUGAAUCUCAGAUCUGUCCGCCAAAGAAACCUCAAGGUAGAGAUUUAGAAAUACCGAAAUUAACACUCCAAGAAGAACUAAACAAUAAUUCGGAUCCCAAUUCAAACCUGAAAGAAAAUAUAGACCCUGAGAAGAAUAGCAUUAUGGACAAAAACAUAACACAAGAUGCUGAUCAAGAAACAACGCCAUUAUCUCUUACAAUCCCCACUUUUGAACAUGUCACAAUGCUACCGACCCCAAUGACUUACACGCCUCUAUCACCUGGUGGAUUAGCCUUAUCUCCAAUUAUUGACCAACAUUUAAAUAUUGCAAAACGGAGAGCAGGAGGCACAUCAAAAGUCCCAAACAUUCAACAUACAAAUGAAUUUACGCAAAUGAGAAGAGAUUUAGAUGGCCUUUUAGAACCACAGCAACGUAUUGUAUCAGAACUGGCACCUCCUCCAUUAUCAUCACCACAAAGAAUCGUCUCUUUACCCACAGUAACUGAAGAAGCAUCAUCUCAAUCCUUAGAACUGCCAAUCGUUCCAAACAAUGCAUUAGUAGAUUUAGACUCAGAACAUCAAGAAGAUUUCAUACUGACAGGGUAUCUUUUAGGUCAAUGGGACAAACCAUUACAAUGGAAGAAAAUUAAGAAACUAGGCGAGGGAAAUUUCAGUGAUGUUCUACUAUAUGAAUCCUUCAUACAAGAUGAUCCUAAUUUAAUUCAAGUUGCUGUGAAGCGAAUUAAAUACCCGAUGGAACUAAAUGAUGAAACGUUUAGAAACACACCACAAUAUAAAGAUACCAUUUCACGUUUGGAGAAUUCAUUAACGAGAGAAUUAACCGUUUUGAAAUCUUUAAACCAUCCUUGUAUUGUUAAACUUUUUGGGAUUAAUAGUCCGAUUUUCUUAGAAAGCAAGACACCAUUGCGUGAUUUCAUUAAGAGUCAUGGCUUAGGGUUACCACCAUGCGAUAUGAUUAUGUCAUACUGUGCUGGUGGUGACUUAUUAGCAGCAGUGACAAGCUGUCUUGGUGAAUUGGAUAUUUGGUUAAUUCAAAGAAUCUUCACUGAAUUGGUAAUAGCUGUCAAAUACCUUCAUGAUAAUAACAUUAUUCAUAGAGACUUAAAAUUGGAAAACAUUCUUCUGAAAUAUUCAUUACAUGAUAUUGUAGCCAUGAAGGAUUCGCCGAUGUUCAAAAGACAAAAUAUUCUAGAGUUGGCUGAUUUCGGUUUAUGUAAAAAAAUUGAUGAAGGUGAAAUGUGUACAGCAAGAUGUGGUUCAGAAGAUUACGUUUCUCCAGAGAUAUUAAUGGGGAUACCAUAUGAUGGGCAUCUAACAGAUUCAUGGGCAUUGGGUGUCAUAUUAUAUGCAUUAUUAGAAGAUCGUUUACCGUUUGAUCCGCCACCAAAUGCCACUUCAAGACAACGAAGUCGAGCUACUUCACAUAGGAUUGCAAGAUUCGAUUGGAGAUGGUUUAGGCUGGCAGAGACAGAUCUUGAUGCAAAGGAAAUCGUAGAAAAUACGUUGACGCGGAAAAAUCAACGUUGGAAUGUGAAUGAUCUUUUGGAAUCUAGUUUUGUGAAAAAAGAAUUAGACACAUUAUUAUUGUAA